AGGCUUGAGCUGUCUAUCCCCAGAACAGAAACACCAGUCAGUUUCAGGCUUGUGCGCAGCGCAGUGGCGACCACGAUGCUGAAGGCUCUUCCCGCGCGCUUCCUCGUCUCACCGGAGCCCGGGGGGCGGCGCCGGAGGCCUCGCCCACGAUCUCUACGGCCGAUUUCGGCGGCGCUGAUGACCAACCCCGCGUACUUCGAGGUCGGCAGAUUGUUGGGUAACUAUGGCUUCAUGAACAUCACAAGCUAUUCAUCUUCUCAGUCUGGAGGGCUUCCAAACGAUGCUGUUAAUCAAGACCUUAGUCUUGGAUAUUCACCGGAAGAGAUUGAGCGAUUAAGAGUCCAAGAUGUUGGAGAGGGACAAGUGAAAAUUAGACUUUACGAGGGAAGAGUGGUGCAAGGUCCAUUGAAGGGCACACAAACUGUAUUUAAGGUAUACCCUGGAGCUAUUGCUGGUGCUUCUGAAGCUAAUUUGAUGGCACUGAAUGAGCUGAGGACUCAUGCUUUUCUUCAGAGUGAUGCAAGGGAUAUCUGUGAGAACAUUCAGUUUCUGUUAGGAGCAUUUGAGACAGCUACUGGAGAGCAGUGGCUUGCUUUCCGUGAUGAUGGGAGAUACAGUGCUGCAGACUAUGCAAAAAUAACCAGUGAAAGGCAGUUGAAGGAACGGCCUAAUUUUUGGAAUCCCUAUGAUCGUGCAUACAAAUUGGAACUGAGGAAAUAUUUUGUCCUUAGGCUGCUUAAUGGAGCUAUGUGUGGCCUUGUCCACAUGCACAAUCAUGAUAGACUGCACCAAAGCCUUGGCCCCUCUUCUGUUGUUCUCAACACUGUUGCAGAGAAAAAUGGAUACUAUUUACUUCCACAGCUCCGUGAUUUGGCAUUUUCUGUAGAUAUCGGGUAUUCCUCUGUUGGGGUUGGAGCGUUGUCAGAUGGUCUUUGGCGUCGAGCAUCUGCUGCUGGAGCAUCAACUCCUUUGGAGAAGCGAGCUUUUGGAGUAGCUGAUGACAUAUAUGGAGCUGGGUUGCUUAUUGCAUACAUGGCAUUUAUUCCGUUUUGCGAAGCAGGCAUCAUGGAUAGCAUUUCCUUGCAGAGGCUCUUGGAGAACACUUUCCGUCUCGACAUUUAUGCUGCAAGAGAGUAUUGCCUGGAAGAUGAUAAAUUGUCGGAAGCUGUAAACUUUCUAGAUUUAGGUGAUGGUGCCGGCUGGGAGUUGCUGCAGGCAAUGCUUAAUCCGGAUUACCGUAAACGACCAAUUGCUGAGGCUGUACUGAACCAUAGGUUUAUUACAGGGGCUCUAUUGUAGAGGUAAUCAUCAACUAGAUGCGCUUAUAAAUUUGUACAAUAGAUGGUGGAGGCAGGUCCCAUUGUGUGAAAGAAAUGUCAAAUCUAAAGACAUGUUGUGAUCAGGUACUUAAAUAGUGUGUUAGAAAUACAUACGUGUAGUUAGAGAUAAGGAGAGAUGAAGAUAAAAUUAGUUUAAAUAUAUUAUGUCUUGUCUUGUACUCCAGGUCUCUACCCUCAUGAUGUACUGUAUAUAUACCCCUAUUAGGGUCAGAUCAAUACAACAUACAACACCAUAUUCAACCAUCC